CUUCUUCUCGAGGCCUCCACCCCGGCUGCAUCCAUCCCCCGACUAAUCUCUCCAUUGCCUCCUUCCCUUCCCUGCCAACAACGGCAGCCGCUCUCCGUGGACGGUGGUACGCGUUUUUCUUCCUUCACUAGUCCCUCUUUGAAGAGCAACCUUCAAGUACUUUUGUAUUGAGAGAAGAAUGAUUCUUGCUUACUUAACCAUGCUACUACGCUAAAGUUCGUUCUCUUUGACAUACAUGGUAAAAGUAAUGUUACUGUCACAUGACUGAAGCUGCUAUGGACCUGUAAUACGGUGCCGUGUUUAAUGAAAUUUCAAUGCACGAACCUUACGCGUCCUCUCGAAGUAGAAGGGCCAUCAAUGUCCAUUUCUUUCAAGUGAUUACAUGGUCACGGAGAUAUAAAGUUGGUGUCAGCUACCUCACAGAAUGGGCUAUAUCUGCACUGUGCUUAGCAGCAGCAUGACAAGCUCCAACUGAGUUGGAUCGGAGUUCCCACGCAAUUCACAGCCCAGAUGGCAGAAGCGAACAAGAAUGACAAUGGAUCAUUUCCUCCUAGGAAAAAGAUAACAGUUGUGUUUGUCAUAGGCGGUCCUGGCAGUGGCAAAGGCACUCAGUGUGCUAAGAUUGUGAACCAGUUUGGGUUUACCCAUCUGAGUGCUGGUGAUCUUCUCCGUGAAGAAGCUAAAUCCGAUUCCGAACAAGGCACGAUGAUAAAGAAUAUCAUGCAUGAAGGAAAGCUUGUGCCAGCUGAAAUCAUCGUUAAGCUACUACUGAAGGCCAUGCUUGAGAGUGGAAAUGAUAAGUUUCUUGUUGAUGGAUUUCCGCGAAAUGAAGAGAAUCGCCAAGCAUAUGAGCGUAUAAUUAACAUUGAACCUGAGUUCGUGUUAUUCAUUGACUGCCCAAAGAAAGAGAUGGAGCGGCGCAUUCUAAAUCGAAAUCAGGGAAGAGAUGAUGACAACAUCAACACUAUUAGGAGCCGGUUUGAAGUUUUCCAGAAGUCAACUCUGCCUGUUGUUCAGUAUUAUGAGAAAAGGGGGAAGCUCCGAAGGGUUGAUGGUGCAAAACCGGCGGAUGUGGUUUUCGAAGAUGUGAAGGCCAUAUUCGCGAAGGCAAAGGCAAUCAAACUAGCAGUAUGAGCAGAGGAUCACCAAAUUCAUUCAAGCGGUACCUUCUCCUAUGCUGUGGUUGCUUUGGAAUGUGAAAGACAACAAGAUGAGUUUAGACAGGUAAAUAAAAUGGUUACUGCGAUACUGCGUGCGGUUGGUGUGUGGUAUCCUUCAGUCCUGGAGGUCGGAGCAACGCAAGUAGAGAAAGCAUAAAACAUGUGUGGUUUGAUUGGGUAUAUUUGGACAUGUGUGGUUUAAGUGGGUAUAUUUGGUGUGUUGUGCUAAUCGAGUUUGUCAGUUACCUUGUUUUAUAUUUGUAGGUUGCUCGGUUGCUCUAAAGUUGUAGGUAUCUUUCAUUUGUUUCCGUAUGUUUCAAACUGGGAUACUAUUUUUGACUCAGGGUUUCUCUCCCCUUCCUCA